ACUGAGGGUCUAUGUUGGAAGUGUCCAAGCCGACCCACUGCCGACCUCGCCAUGGGCCUGGAACUCUAUCUGGACCUGAUGUCCCAGCCCUGCCGCGCUGUCUACAUCUUCGCCAAGAAGAACGGCAUCCCCUUCCAGCUGCGCACCGUGGAACUGCUCAAAGGUCAGCACUACACUGAUUCCUUUGGUCAGGUGAACCCCCUGAGGAAGGUGCCAGCCCUAAAGGACGGGGACUUCACAUUAGCUGAAAGUGUGGCCAUCCUCUUGUAUCUGAGUCGCAAGUACAAGGCCCCUGAUCACUGGUACCCCCAAGACCUGCAGGCCAGAGCCCGGGUGGAUGAGUACCUGUCCUGGCAACACACCACCCUGCGGAGUUGCUGCACCAGGGCCAUGUGGCAGAAGAUGUUGUUCCCUAUGUUCCUGGGCCAGCCAGUGCCUCCUGAGACACUGGCAGCCACUUUGGCUGAGCUGGAUAGAUGCCUGCAGCUGCUUGAGGACAAGUUCCUGCGAAACCAGGCCUUCCUUACUGGGUCCCAUAUCUCUGUGGCUGACUUGGUGGCCAUCACAGAGCUGAUGCAUCCUGUCAGUGCUGGCUGCCAAGUCUUUGAAUGCCGACCCAAGUUGGCUGCAUGGCGCCAGCGUGUGGAGUCUGCAGUAGGAGAGGACCUCUUCCAGGAAGCCCAUGCAGUUAUCCUGAAGGCCAAGGACAUUCCUCCAGCAGACCCCGCCUUGAAGGAGAAACUGAGGCAGUCAUUGAAGGGUUUGUUGCAGUGAGUGAGUGGCCCUGGCCAGUAAAAUUACCAAGGGAAAUGCUGGGUUGUCAGAAUAAAGAGAUGAAGCUGCUUAUUUCCUUUGCUGUAAGCAGGACAUGUCCACACAGUCUGUUCACAGUUCUGUCCAAGUAUCAGGUUUGUAUUCCUUUUGUGUCUCCAUGCCACUUUUAUUAGGCUUCUACCUGACCUUUGGAGAGAGCUUUAGUAAACACAUAAAUGGCCUUAUCCCUCUUCUUUGGAAACUUUCCAUGUAUCCCCACUUCCUUGAAGUUAAAGUAUAAGUCAUUGCACGUGGCAUUAAAGAUCUUG